UAAAGGCCGGAUUGUUCGCGUGUUGCGACUCAGCUAGCAGCUACCUAUAUACAGGUAGAUGAUUGCCGCAACGGCCACAUAAAGGCGUCUACAGUGCUGCACGCGUGCGCACUUAACUGCCGCCGCCGAUGAAGACAACAUGUUUUGCAUGGCAAUGUCACUGACAUCCUUGCGGACGAACAUACGUUCAUAGUCAACGUACGUAUACGUGCGGACAUACGUUUAUAGUCAGCGAGUAUUGAUGAGACACCAGCGUCACAUCAGCGUCAACGUGCCCGGACGCAGAAGCGACGGACUGCGCCUCGUCGGAAAAGCAGUGAGAGCGACCGAUGCAAACCAUACCCACGUCCGUCACGAGUGGCGCGAAGAAGCUUACGCGUCCAGCCGACACGACAAACGUUGCAUGUGUGCUACCGCUAACGCUCGUUCAGUGAUAUUCGCGUGCCCGUUGUUCAGCCUCGCGGCGUGACGUGUCGCACACGCGUGAACAGCAGUCGCAGGUCCACGUGAGACGAUUGCCGCGAUGAUGUCCCAAUGACAACGCACAGCGAUUGAAGUAAAUACGUCCAUAUACUAACCUAAUAAGUUUAUCAAGUAGCAUACGUGCGUAUAUCGUCUACGUGCAUAUCUACAUAUUCACUGUGUGCUAUUGUUGGCAGGCAAUCAACAGCCGUGGUGAAAGCGCGUGGAUUGGCAGGUUCUUUGUGGCUAAACCUGAAACAUUUCCUACGGAAUCUUAAUCUCAUCAUUGCCGACUAAUGUUCAAAUGUCAUAGAAUAUACGAAGAUUUCGACGAACACAAUAGAGCUGUUGUGUUGCGAGACGCGACCUGUCCUGUUUUCCGCCAUAACGAUCGUGUGUGCACGGGACUACGAUGUUGGAACGACAGUCACAUAUCAGGAAAUGUAUGAAAAAAGAUUUACAUCAAUUCAUGAUACGGCGCUGUGUUUAGCCGCACACGCGCGCCAGUACGCACGAACAUACAUCUAAUUAAAGAACGUGCUGACAGGUGGCGACAAGAGUCGCAUUGCAGAAAGCUGCUAUGCUGCGACUAACUUCGGAUUCCUGGUGAUCCUCACGUGAAUAGAGACGCGGCUCUGGAUACGGUAGCAGCAAUGAAGCCGGAUAAGACAUGUGUGUCGGCGGCUAGCGACACCUCGCACUCGUGGGGCGAGUGGACGCAGCAGCUUCAAGCCUACCUCACCUGGGUCAACUCGCAGCUACGAAAACACGAGAGUUCUCGGCAGGUGUGCGACCUGCGGACGGACAUGUGCAGCGGUGUCGCGCUGGCGCAUCUGGUCGAAGUGAUAGCUGGCGAGCCCGUGCUGGACAUCGACACGGACCCGGCGACGCGACCAGCGCAGCGGCAGAAUGUCGACAAGGUGCUGCAGUUCAUGUCGCAGAAGCGCGUCAAGAUGCACAAGAUCUCGUCGAAGGAGAUCGUCGACGGUAACCUGAAGGCGAUCAUGCGCACCGUGCUCGCGCUCGCCGCUCACUACAAGCCGCAGAGCAUCAAGGCCGCCAGGAGUCAGCCGCCGCGCGCCGGCUCCGAGGGCGUGCCGUCUGACGACAACGCACCGCACAGCGACGCCGACAGCGUGACGACGGCGACGAGCGACGAGCGCCGCUGCGAUCAGUCGUUCGCAGAGGGCGCGUCGUGUGCCAGCGCCGACCUGCAGUCGCUCUCCGCCGACGGCGGUUCGCUGUCCGGACGCCGCGCGGCGCUGCAGCGCAUCCACUGCGCGACGAUCGACGACCGGUCACUAGUCGGCGAGGUCGACGGCGAGAGUUCGCCCGGCUCGCCGAGUUACAACGGCAGUCGGCACAGCCCCGGAGAACUGUCGCCGACCAGUGUGCGCCUCAAGAUGCCGGCUCCGCUCGCCGGGUCGCGCAAGGGCGUCUGCUCUCGAGCGCCACUGGAGCCACUCGCUAACGGCACCGCUAAGCAAGGCGACGGCACGCAGCGUGAAGCUGACGACGCCGUCACGACGGCGGACAUGCUCUACGACGUCGCCUACGUGCAGCACGCGCUCGUGCAGCUUCGCUCGCUGCUCAUCACGGGCGACGGCGCGCAGGACACACCGCAGACGACGGCCGACGCUUCUUCUUCGUGCGCGCAGGUGGACACGCAGCGCAUGCACGCCGCGCUGUCGACGUCGCAUCAGCGGUGUGCGGACCUGGAGAGCGGCAACCGCGAGCUGCAAGCGCGCCUCGCAGAGAAAGAGGUCUUGUUCGGCGAGCUGAGACGAGACGUCGAGCGACUCGGCUUCGCUCAGCGCUACGUCGAGGAGGAUCGAAGCGAGUGGACGAAGGUCGUCGACGCGCUGAGCCAGCAGGUGGCGGCACUGCGCCGGGACGUAGCUCAGCGCGACAAGCUCGUGCAGUCGCAGCGCGCGCAGCUGAAGGACACGACGCGCGAGCUAGCCAUCGCUAACCAGGCGCGCGAGGAUAGCAAACUGAAACUCAGGGAGAGCGAGGAACAGAUGCGACCGCUGCAGUCGCACGUCAAGUCGCUGAGGACGCAGGUGCUCGUGCUGAAUCAGCCGGGCGGCCGCGCCGGCAGCUGGAACAGCGCCCCGCUGCACUUCCACAAUGGCGUCACGCAGCCGCAACUGCAGCUCCAUCUGCAGGAGCUGCGCGUCGUCAAAGACGCCAUCUGCACUCUACGCCUCGGGUUUUCGAACGCCGAUCCGCAGCAUCGCACCGUCGACGCGUUGGAGCAGAGCGUCGCCGCGAUCGUAGACAGACUGCGCGCGGCCGAGGACAAGAUCGCCGCCCUGGUGGCCACUACGUCGGCGGCGCGUCAACCCGCGUCAGGCUACGACGCCAACAUCUACGAGAACGUCUGCGAAGAGCUGCUGGACAGGCUGCCAGAGAGGGCGCCACCGGUGCCACCGCGAAACCUGCGCAGUCCGCCGGAUGAGAUCCGCCGACGCAUCGAGCUGCUCAGCAGCAGACGCGCGGCGGCAGCAGCAGCGGCAGCGUCAGUGUCGGCGCCAUCGUCAACGUCGACGAAAACGAACGACGGUGCCUCGUCGGGCAGGAUGCCUCCGACGCAGGAGUUAGCGUCGGCAGCGAGAGCGAUUCGCGAGUCGCGCUCGACGUCGCCGAUGCGCGUGCCGACGAAGAGGUCGCCACUGUCGAUGGCGACGCUACUAGGGAGCCUCGACGCAGGUCCGCCGCUGACGGAGCGGGUGACGUCGACGAAGAUUCUCUACUACACUGACGCGACGGUGACGCCGUUCAUGUGCGUCAUUCAGAAGCCGCUCGGCGACGUGACGCUGCGGGAUUUCAAGACGGUGUUCGUGCGUCCGGGCUGCUUUCGCUUCCACUUCAAGUCGCAGGACCCCGAGUUCGGUGCGGUGAAGGAGGAGGUGUGUGACGACGACGCGGCGCUGCCAGGCUGGGAGGGAAAAGUGAUCGCCUGGGUGGAGGAGGACUUCAACGAAACAGACGUGUGAGGACGGAGGAGUAAAGCUCUCCGGCCGCAAAACGGAUGGGGAAAUCCGCUAUUUAGUUUACGUAUAUCGAAACCCACGCGUGGGUUAACCUUAAUAUUUUGUUCUCUAUUGUUUAUUUAAACCUGCAGCACGCUUGCAGGUGCUUUGUAUACACACGCGUCACGAACUAUAGGUGAAUUUGUGUAAAUAACCUCAUUCGCUAAUCGACUCAUUCAACUAACUUGCAGAUAUGAUGACGUAAUGCUAUUUGUUGUGUCUCUAGCUGCGACUCUCGAUAUAUGUUAUAAUAUAACCGAUAGAGACGUAUAGCAUUCACCACAUAACAUCGAUAAACGUCAAUCUUCACUAUUAGUACGUAAUGCAUGCGUUGACUGAUGAGUUUAAUCAAAGUCUUCCGCAUACCUACGUCUAUAUAAAGCAAAGCUCCGCUGAGUAUAUGACACGCCUAAAAUUUAUUAUAUCAUUCUCACUAUAUAUAUAAAGUUAUAGCACGGGCAUAUUAUGUCUAUAUAUUUAUUUUAAUAGCUGUAUAAUAAUCGUUUUCGAGCGGUAUCGGAACAUUAAAAGAAGAAAAAAAGAAUGUACAAUUAAUCACAUUUGUAGGUACAAACAAA